AUGAGACCAAUCCUCCUCCAGGGUCAUGAACGAGCCUUGACCCAGAUCAAAUUCUCGCGGGAUGGCGACCUGCUCUUUUCAGUAGCUAAGGAUAAGAACAUUUGCGUCUGGUACUAUGCCAACGGCGAGCGACUGGGCACCUACUCCGGCCACCAGGGUGCACUAUGGACCAUCGACCCAUCUCCCAACACUGUUCUGCUCGCUUCCGGGGCAGCAGAUAACACCGUCAAACUAUGGAACAUCAAGACCGGCGAGUGCGUCAAGACAUGGGACUUCCCUACGGCCGUGAAGCGAGUUGAGUUCUCUGCCGAUGGAUCGAAGCUGUUGGCGGUCACCGAGAAGCGAAUGGGCUACCUGGGUACCAUCGUCGUUUUCGAUGUUGCCUAUGGAGAUGGCGAGGGGAACAACCUGCACGAGCAGGCUGACGAGCCUAUCUUGAAAAUCACUUGCGAGGAGAGCAAGGCUACUGUUGCCGGCUGGAGCUACCUGGCGAAGUACAUUAUUGCUGGACACGAGGAUGGAAGCAUCAGUCAGUACGACGCAAAGAGCGGCGACCAGCUAGAAAACGUCCAGGCUCACGAGCUGGACUGCAAGAUCACCGAUCUACAGUUCUCCGCUGACAGGACAUAUUUCAUCACCGCCUGCUCCGACAAAUCGGCCAAGAUCCUCUCAUCAAGCACCCUCGAAAAUCCUCAAGACUUACACGGCCGACACACCUCUCAACACGGCUGCCAUAACGGCAAAGAAGAAUUUUGUCGUGCUCGGCGGUGCCAGGCUGCCAUGGACGUCACCACCACCUCCGCCAGACAAGGAAAGUUCGAGGCCCGAUUCUACCAUAAGAUAUUCGAGGACGAGAUCGGCCGUGUCAGGGGCCACUUCGGUCCCCUGAACACGAUCGCCGUCCACCCUGCCGGCGUCGGCUAUGCGUCUGGCGGAGAAGACGGUUACGUACGUGCCCACCACUUUGACAAGUCCUAUCACGAUUUUAUGUAUGAGGUUGAGAGGGAGCAGUUGAGGAAGUGA